AUCACAUGACGAGCACUGGUCAUAUGACUGAGUAAGAUGGCGACGCAGAUAAGAGGGCGUAUGUUACUGUUUUUCAGUUUCUUCUUCGUUUGGGAAACCGUGAGGGGAAAGACCACCCGCAACGAUACGGAGCCGGUACCGGUGGUCAUUUGGCAUGGCAUGGGUGAUAGCUGUUGCAAAGCAUUUACCCUGAAAUUUAUUAACCUGGUGGAAGAAACUGUUCCAGGAAGUUAUGUCUUAUCUUUGAAAAUUGGAAAAAGUGCUACUGAGGAAAUUGAGAACAGUUACUUCAUGAAUGUAAAUGAUCAAGUUGAGAUGGCGUGUGACAUAUUGUACAAGGAUAAGAAGCUACAAAAUGGAUACAAUGCAAUGGGCUUCUCUCAAGGAGGUCAGUUUAUGAGAGCCGUGGCACAGAGAUGUCCUUCUCCUGCAAUGAAAAACCUGAUCACAUUUGGAGCCCAACAUCAAGGUGUGUAUGGUUUACCACGCUGUCCUGGAAAGAGUUCGCGCGUAUGCGACUGGAUAAGGAAGAUGUUAAACCUGGGUGCUUACAGUAGUCCAAUUCAACAGCACUUUGUACAGGCAGAGUAUUGGCAUGAUCCCUUGAACGAAGACCUGUACAAGAACAGAAGCGUUUUCUUGGCAGAAAUUAAUCAAGAAAGGAGAAUCAAUGAAAGUUAUAAGGAGAAUCUGAUGAAGUUAAAUAAGUUUGUAAUGGUGAAAUUCUUGAAGGAUUCUGUGGUUAAUCCAGUUGAUUCAGAGUGGUUUGGUUUCUACAAAACUGGCCAGGCCAAGGACACUUGCAGCUUGCAGGAGAGUGUUCUUUAUCAAGAGGAUCGAUUGGGACUGAAGGCAAUGGACAAAGUGGGCAAAUUGGAAUUUCUAACCGUACAUGGGGACCACCUUCAAUUCUCAAAGGAAUGGUUCAUUAAUAACAUAGUUCCUUACCUGAAGUGAUUCUUAAGCUGUCAAUUAAUUGGUUCACCUCCAUCACUAACGCACUUAAGAACUCAGAAAGCCGUGUUUAAAAACAACUGACACAUUAGUGGAGUUUGAAGGAGCGUCUGUUCAAAGUUUGUGAUUUUCCACAAUGUCAUCUACUUGUUUAAUUGAAUUCACAGUACUUGUAAUGAUGGAACUCAAUUCAUACCUUUAUGUUGCUUAAUUUGAAUUGCUAGACCAUUCAAUUUCUAAUGCAGAAAACAUUUUAGAAUCCAGGAGUAAUUUGGACCUUUCUUUAAAGCUGAUGCCAAAUGAGCCAAAGUAAUGGUUUUGAAAGUGGAAUCAAAUGUUCAGGAAUGAACCAUUCAGAACAAAAGUAUUACUUUCUGAUGAGUUAGCUCAUCAGGCAUGAGUUUGGUAGUUCUAUAAUCAUCAUGAACAGUCAGCAAUUGUUGCCAAACCUGACUACUAAUCAUUUGGUAGCCCCUGCUAAAAAUUGCAAAUUGAAUGAGAAGAGGAUCCGGCUUCGUUUGAUGACUCCCUUUGCUGAAUAGGUCACUGACACUCUUGACUCCUAUGGGAAAGUUUAAGCUAAUGCUGAAACGGCACUAGAAACAUUUGAGAGCAAGCACCUUGUAUUAUGUGAUACCUUGUAAUUAUUUGAAGCUGCACUAAGUGAAUUUAUUGGUAUUAUUGCUUCCUACCUUUUAACGAUGGAUUUUUCUCAUUAAGUGAAAUAGCAGCCCCAAGCCUUACACCGAUUACUUGACUUGUCAUAUGCUUCAAAAACUCAAAUAGGCCAGAAAUUGCUUGCUGUAAUAGUGUACUCUGUGGCAACUUGGAUUGAAUUUUUUUUAAUGUUACCAUUCAUAGAGUAUUAAUUUGUAACUUUUUUCAAAUGGUACAAUGACAAUAAGAUUUUAAUGUCAUUUUUGCAUCUCAUGAUCUAUCCACAAGGCACUGUAGAAAACUAGAAAACAGAUGCCAAAACUGGGAGAUUGGAUAUUGUAGUGGGUGACCUUAAAGUUCUGAAAGUACAGUAAACAUUUUAUUAUUUGGCAACAAUGGGACCAGGUGUGUGCCAGUUAAUCAAUUACUCCAGAUAGCCAAGACACCCAUAUAAUCAAUAUAAACAUGCACUAAGUAAUAAAAAUGUAAAGCAGGGCUAUACACACCCCUAUUAUACUUAAAGCAUAAAUCACCUAAAUAAAACUUACCAACGGAGAGCCGCCCUGCUUGCGCUUUCACUACUUGGACGCUGUAGUAUUUCAGGAGAAAUUGACUCAAAAUUGAAUCAACUGUUGAUAUUUCCUGUGGCCAUUCACCAAAUUGAACCAUGAGUAUGUUUACAUUGAGGUAAAUAAAUUAAACUAUAAUUGAAUAGAAUAAUACUGCAAACUUCAUGGUAUUUGAGGUUUAUAACUUUUGCUGCUUUAUCGAGUGCCUUUCAUAAGGUGCCAGUUAAAACACAGCUUGUUGUACAAUAAAUCAACUCUUAAAAAGAAAUUAACUGUAUUUUAAAAUACAGUGCAGAAAAUUUUGCAAGUACACUUGAAAAAUUUGGACAAAUUUAUUUCUGUGAGUGCAUGAUUUUCAUUCUCAUCUCUGUUAACUGUUAAGUGGUGUUUCGAACUAUUAUCAAGUAAAAAUUCUACAUUUCUUGUUGAAUUUUGCUUCCUUUCAUUUGUUACACUGGGAACCUAUUCAGGACUUCCUGGGGCAGCACAGUGACUCACUGGUUAGCCUUGCUGCCUCACAGUGCCAGACACCUCAGUUUGAUUCCAGCCUCUGGCAACUGUCUGUGUGGAGUUUAUACAUCCCCCCCAUGUCUGCAUAGGUUUCCUCCGGGUGCUCUGGUUUCCUCCCACAAUGCAACGAUGUGCAGGGUAGGUGGAUUGGCCAUGUUAAAUUUCCCAUAGUGCCCAGGGAUGUUUAAGUUGGGUUAGACAUGGGAAAUCAGGGGUAGGGGAAUGUGUCUGGGUGGGAUGCUUUUUGGAGGGACGGUGUGGACUUCUUAGGCCAAAUGGCCUGUUUCCACAUUGUAGGGAUUCAACCAUAAUAAUUGAGUCCAAGGGGGUGAAGGGGAAGUGGCUAUCAUUGCUGAAAUGUCUAUGACCACCAGUUGCUCCUAGCUGGAGCAUGCUUUAUUUAGUCAUGAGCUUCUGCCCAACUGUCUGUCCAACUUUGAAAGGCAUGGUCUUUGCCACAUUGAGAACCACCACCAUCAUGGCUUUAAAAAAAAGUGGCAAAGUUUUAGAAGACUUUGAUCUUGCUAUGGACCAGUGAAGCGAUUUCUUUUCCACACCAACUUGCCAGAAGAGUGAAGUUAGUUAUCCAGUAAUGAUUAGUAUGGAGCUAUAAGAAUUUCACACUUUCAAGUUAUAAUUCAUUGUAUAAAUCAAUAACCCUGUUAGUGUCUAAUAUUGAUGGUAUUUAAUGGCAUGUCAUUCAGUUAGCCACCCAAAUUCUUGUAUCUUCUGUAAAUACCAUUAUUUUUGUAAUGUGUUCUCCUCUUCUUGAACUUUUUAAAAUUAUCUUGCCCAUCCCCUUCACUCAUGUUUCAUGUUUAACCUGAACUUUGCUCUAUCAUCAGCUUCUGGACAUGUGCAAGAGUUGUUCUCCUCAGUAUUUCCCUACAGGUCAGAAUCUAUAUUUCUUGUAUCAGUAAUUGCAAGCACAGAAAUGUGAUAGCACAAAAGAGACUAUUGAUCCCAAAGUGCGUCCACCUGAUCUCCCAGUGAGCAACUUGCAUGUCUCCAAUCCCCUGCCUUUUCUCUGUAAAUAAUUUUAUUCACUCUUGAAUGUUGCAAAUUGAACCUACUUUCAACACACCAAGUUAACCAUUCCAAAUCCUAAUAUUUGCGGUGUAAAAACUUUAUUUUGCAUGUUGCUAUGGCUAUUUUUGCCAACUAACUCAAUCUGUGGCAGAUUUUCUGUCCUUUUCUGAGUGGGGAGAACUUUUCCCCAUCUCUCUUUAUUUCAGACAUCAUUAUUUUGAAUACUCCUUUAAACCUUCUCUUCAAGGAAAACUGUCCUAACCCCUCCAAUCUAUGAAGUUCCUUUUUGGAACCAUUAAUUGCAAUUUAACAAAUCUUUUCUGCACUAUCUUGUAAUGCCUUUGCACCUAUUCUAAAACGUGGUGAAUUUGAAACAGUAUUUGUUGCUGUUGCUUGAAUUAUCCUUGGGGGUAAAUCAAUGGCUUAAUUAGAAUAAUUUAGAAACUGGAUUAGGACUGGAUAAAGUUUGUCAGUAAUGGGGUAAAAUGACCUAUACUUUCUUGUUGUGUCAAGUGAGUACCAACUUUCAUAUCUUUAUGAAAUGUAUAUUAUAAUCUUGUCUUCUAAACAAAGAGACAAACAAAAUCACUCCCUUUUAAAUCUGUAGACAAAUAUUUUGUUGACGUAGUUCUAGGGAAAAUAACUAAAAUAUUAUUGCUCUUACACAUGAAUAGACUUAGUAUUCUGCAUGAGCACUAACCACUGUUCAGACUUGGUCAUCUUAUGGCUCAGAGCUGUUAUAGUAAGAAUAAGGUAAAUUUAAAAAGACCUUGAAGUAUAUUAGUGACCACAAUAAGUUUAGAAGAUUGCUUUUAAUAAAGGAACAAUAUAGGCUUCUGGAGAUUAUUUUGAAAUUUAGUUUAGGGUGAAUCAAAUGAGACAUGAAGACGCAAAACUUCAGUGUCAAGGUUUUUCAUCCUUUUUGCAAGGGGUUAUUCACAUCUGAUGCAGGUUGGCAGCAUUUGCAAAAAAAAGUUUAAAUAAGGUUUUUAAUGUUAAUCGCUGAUAACCUGUUUGUUGUGAUGACAACUUAUUUUGAAUAACUUUGGGAAUCAAAGAGAGAUUCCUCAGAUUUUGCUUCACCUUUUGAAUUGGCUUAGGCUUUUGACGGUGGUGAGGGAAUUAAGUUGCAGCAUAGCUGCAUGAUCUGGCUAGACUUUGUAAUUUUGUAAAAUUGUUCUGCUCGUGCUUCGCAAAA